GUGCGACACGGCCAACCACCACGAGCAGUGGCAGCUCACAGCAGGCCUCAAUCCACCACCUCCACUCCCUCCUACUCGCCUCCCUUCUGUGCGUAUCCUCCUCUUCUCUUACUCUCUGGUAUCAAGACACACCUUACUGACCACCCUCAUCCCGCGCCGCGAUGGUCUUGACCCCGAACCCAGAAGAUCAGGGACCACCACCACGGAGACCGGAUGUAAAGCGGAAGCUGGUCGUUGUAGGAGACGGCGGUUGUGGGAAGACAUGUUUGCUCAUUGUCUAUGCUGAAAACCGAUUCCCCGAGUCAUAUAUUCCAACCGUCUUCGAGAACUACGUAACAAACGUGAACUUCGACGGAAAGCUUGUGGAACUCGCGCUAUGGGAUACGGCAGGACAGGAGGAGUACGACAGACUACGACCACUGAGCUACCCGGAGAGCGACGUGAUCCUCGUAGUCUUCUCCGUCGACUUCCCUACCAGCUUGCAGAACGUACAGGAUAAGUGGUGGCCAGAAGUGGCGCAUUUCUGUGAAGGCGUGCCGACCAUCCUCGUAGCCACCAAGAUUGACCUCCGGAGAGACGAGGGCACAAAACGGAUGCUCAGCGCGCAGGGCCAGGUGCCCGUUGCCUCCGAGCAGGGCAUCGCCGUCGCGCGCGAGAUCGGCGCGAAGUACAUCGAGUGCUCUGCGAAGCUCGGGCAGAACGUGCAGGAGGUGUUCGCGCUCGCGCUCAAGGAGAGCAUGAAGGGGAAGUGGGGAAAGAUGGUCAAGCAGCGGCGGUGUGUCGUGACGUGACGUCCGCAGCCAACCCAUGGACGUGGACAUUCUGUUGCGCAUCCCUUGGCGGCGCGCUGCGCGCCGCGCUCUUCGAGACUUCUAGGACGAUACCGAUCACCUUUGCGUACAUACACACACAUCCUCCCGUCCCUCAUCUCUCUGCUCGUUUGCUUGCUUGCUCGCACUCGCAUCGCACGUCUCUGGCCUAUCUAUCAUCAUCAGCUUUAUCGUAGACCUUGUACGUUAGGGGUUGUACUGACGAUUGCUCU